ACCUCCUCCUGUGAUUCGCGGGAAAAGUGCAAAAUGGCGACGGCCGAAGUUUGAAGUUUAGCGCGACGAAACUAGAGGAAGAGAGAGAGAGGAAGAGAGAGAGACAAGGCGGAUGCAUGUAUGAGAGACAGGACAGAUAGAUUAACAGAGAGUUGGUGUGAAGACACAAACUGUCUGUCUGUCCUCCCUGGAAUAACAACCUGUCUGUCGGAGAGGACACACAUACCGGACCACAGGACGAUGUUUGAGGACCUGAUUGAAGCCUUCUGUGGUCUGGAGCCUCAGGUGGCUCAAGGGGGCGGGACAUGUCGGAAAGGCCAGAGCCCAAGAGAGGAGGCGCAGUUUAGUCUGAGUGUUGGACAGUUCGUCCUCUGUCAUUGGUCAGAUGGACUCUACUACCUGGGCAAGAUACAGAGAGUAAGCCCUCCGCGGCUGAGCUGCUUCGUCACAUUUGAGGACAACUCCAAGUUCUGGGUCCUCUGUAAGGACAUCCAACAUGCCGGAGUGCCGGGGGAGGAGCCUCGCUGCUCAGUUUGUCAGGAGGCGGAGCCAAACGCUGACAACCAAUCAAACCCAAACAACCAGAUCCUCAUCUGUGGCAAAUGUGGCAUCGGUUUCCACCAGCAGUGCCACCUCCCUCCUGUAGAGAGCAGCGUUAGUCUCAGUCCUUGGUUCUGUAGACGCUGUGUCUUCGCUCUGGCUGUUCGGAAAGGAGGCGCUCUAAAGAAAGGGCCGAUAGCUAAAGCUCUGUCAGCCAUGAAGCAGGUGUUCCCCUACGACCUGGACUCUCUGGACUGGGACUCUCAGCACCGGACCAAUCACCAACAGUGUUACUGUUACUGUGGAGGCCCUGGAGAGUGGUACCUGAAGAUGCUGCAGUGUUUCAGAUGUCAGCAGUGGUUCCAUGAAGCCUGUACUCAGUGUCUGCAGGAGUCUAUGAUGUUUGGAGAUAGGUUCUACCUCUUCCUGUGUUCGGUCUGUAAUAAAGGAUCAGAGUACGUCCGUCGUCUUUCUCUGCGCUGGGUGGAUCUGGUUCAUCUGGUCCUCUACAACCUGUCAGUCAGCAGCAAGAAGAAAUACUUUGAGCUGGACGAGAUCCUCACCUUAGUGUCUGCCAGCUGGGAACCCCUACAGCUCGGGAAGCUGUCCCACACUCCUCCAUCAGAGAGGGGGCAGCACCUGCUGGACGCGCUGAAUAAAUACAAGAGCAAGUUUCUGUGCGGAAAAGAGAUCAAGAAGAGGAAAUGCAUCUUCCGUCUGAGGACCAGAGUCCCUCCAAACCCCCCCUCCAAACUGUUUCCUGAGCGCUCCCAGAGUGACGGAGGGCUGGGCCACAAGAAACGCCCCGUCAGUGCUUCUGCUGAGAAGAGGAAGAGGAAGUCCAAGUGGCUCCUAGAAGAUGCGAUUCCUAAUAACAAACUGUCCUGCAGUUGGACCUCCAACCAUCACAUGGCAAACAUCUUUGACUUCACCCUAGAUGAGCUGCAGAGUGUGAAAAGUUGCUCCAGCCGAUCAGUCAGUAUUGAUCAGGACUCCACUGAUGCCUCCACUUCAGGUUCUGCUACAACCAGCGCCUCAUAUCACUUCAGAAGGAAGGUUGGCAGCCGGAAGAGGAAGUUGCCCAGCAACGGCUACAAAUACUGGGCCAGUCGCAGUGAGGUAGGGGAGGAGCUCAGAGGGGAGGAGCCUUCUAGGAUGCUUGAAGACCAAGAAGCUCUGACCCACUUGACUGCAGACUCCUCCCACUUCCUGUCUGACCCCACCCAGAUCCCAUCUGACUCCUCCCACCUCCACUCCUCCAUCUCCUCUUAUUUUGGAGUGGCGGGCAGACUGACCAACGGGGAGACAUACCAGGUGUUGGCUCGCCGCAUCACUCCUCAGGGGACAGUCCAGUACCUACUGGAGUGGGAGGGCACUACACCUUAUUAGGACGUUUACAGAACAGGUUAGAUUCCUCUUCCUCCACGCUCACGGAGAGCUGCUGAUUGGUCCACACAUUCUGACCAAUCAGUUCACUACGUCAAGUUUUAAAUAGCGUCUCACGUAUGAACUUCUGGGUGACAUUUGUCCCCAUGAGCCCCUGUGAGAUGUCUCUGCAUGCUGAGGUGAGUUUGGAGGAACCAGGUAUCAAAGCUGAUCAGAAGACUGUAUUUAGUGAUAAAAUAAUAGUGCCAAAGACCUUAAACACACUCACACAGACUCGCACACCAUACCUGCAAACAUGUCGCUUUUAGGGGAAAUUUGUCCUUUUGAAAUGGAAAUAGGUCUUCCACGUGUAUCCGUCACAAUAAAACAUCUUUUAUGUGACGUAACGAGUCACGUCAAAGCGUCUUCGUCCCUCCAACUUUUCAUCCUUUUACUCCAAAUCAGUGCUGCCAACGUGGCGACUUUCUAACCCCCCUCGGUGUCAAAUCCCAGGGACAUUCCCUGAUGUCAUUGGAGACGUGGUGGUUCUGCACUUCCUGUCCUCAGCAAGUGUCCCAGGAGCCUCGCGGCAGACAGAGAGGGGUCCACACUGCCGAUCCUACUGCGCCAUUACAACUAUGCAAAUUAGUCUGACGUCAUUUAGCAGCAUUUUUGCAGGUAUGACACACACAGACUCACACAGGGUGGGACGGUGGUGGAGAGGUUACCUAUGUACCCUCACAGGAGAAGGUCUGGGCUUCAAACCCACCCAGCCCCUUUCUGGAUGGAACCUGCAUGUUCUCCAGUCGGCAUGGGUUCUCUCUGCGUUCUCCGGCUUCCUGCCUCAGUCCACAAACAUGCAGGAUGUGUUCAUUGGUGCCUCUAAAUGUCCUGUAGGUGUGAGAGUGAGUGAGUGAUUGGAGAACAGUCCAGUGGACCGCGGACCCCUCGAGGACACUCACACACAGACCCUAAACACAAACACAGGCACACACACACACACACCUACACACAGUAGUACAGUAUUGUGGUCUUUUCUCCGAUAGUUUUUUUUCUUGCUCUAUCGCCCCCAAGCUGUCAAACAGCUCACUUCACCACCUCUUUCGUCUUUCCCCACCUUCUAGGGAGGAGCAUGGGGGUUAUAGCCCCUCCCACAAAUCAUAAUUAAAAAUAUAAUCAAAGGAAUUUGAACACUUUUCUUCAUAAAGAAGAGUCCAGUGCUUCUUGUGGGAGUUUCUUGCACUAUUGUCCCAUUCAGAAUCUAUGCAAACACCAUUAGUGUUAAAUCAGUUAAAUGACGUUAGAGGCUAGCUCCACGCUAACUCAGCCCCUUGGUUUGAAUGCGUAAUGCUAACACUGCUAGUGGUGCCACAGUCACUUUAACCAUGACGCUUGUUGCCAUAGUAACCAGGCUCCCCUCCUAUUGGCCUGUUUUGAUCACAUGACUGUUUGUUUGGCUUUUGUUCUGUUCCCUACAGCUGACCAAUAAGCUGCUGGCUUUCUCUGUAAUAAAAAGAACUUGUCUAAC